AUGUUUCCGAGCGCGAAGGACCCACGCAAGACGAGUAUCCUAGACGACUCAGUCGGUCUAGAGUUGAACCUAGCUCAACAGGGCAACGGCAAAGGGAAGGGCAAGAACAGACAAAACACAGCAGGAGGCUUCAGUUUCUCUUCAUCGCGGAACGCUGGUGUCGUGAAGUCGAAGCCCGCACCAACGGCGAGGGCGACACAAAACUUGGGCGCGCGGUUCUACGAAAGGGAUGGGUUGAAGAUACCACUCUACGAGAAGAAGGGGAAGAAGAGGGCGCACGCUCGCGCAUCAGUCGGACUUCGUAACAAGUCUGAGGAGGAGUUGCUGAGCAUCGUGGGGGAAUAUGCAGGCACAGAAGUUAUGCGAGAGUUCAAACAGAGAGCGCGUAACAAGAAGGAAAUCGCGGAAUGGAUCGAGGCGAAGGAAACGCUCGCCCUCGGACCUAAUCCAAAGAGUCAGCUAAAUCGUAAGUCACAGGCAGAGAUUACCAAAGGAGAAUACCUUGAAGAUAAGCUUACAGGUGUAGCUACACAACUGGAAGCGAAUGGAGCUACACGCCCCGACAAAGUCGCCCGAGGCAGGAACUCAAGUACGCCAACUCCUACCGCGAAACUUAAGGAAAGCAAGGUGCACAAAUCGACGGAAGCACAUGAUGCAUUCAUUGUACAGUCAAACAGGACCUCGCCUGCGAAGGUCGCCCCGUCUGUUGACAAGAAGAGAGGCGCACCUGACGGAGCGCUGGAUGGCCAACCACACCUGAAGCACCAAAAGCUUGAUUCCCAAGCAAACAUGCCAUCUACCGAUGUUAUUUCAACAAAUGGGCUUCCAGCUAAAAAGAAGGCUACAAAGCCCAUGGCAGAGCUGUCUGCUCAUACGGAAUCUGCCCAUAGUCCUACCACCCAGAGCGCCGAGCGCAUUAGCGCGACCGACCUUCUCCAAGCACUCAUGAACGACGUAGGUCUUAGCCCUUCUCAAGUCGAAACCUCUACGAGGAUCGUAGCUUUGCCGAAGCAUGGCGAAAACAGAGUCCUAACUGUAACAUCAAACACUAAAACCGGUCAGGUCACACUUCACGACACGGGCAUUCCAAGUUGUUACAACGACUACAACGGAAGUCAAGCAGUUCAAGCCAUAACACCAUAUCUCAAGAAGGGAAAACAUGGUCCUAAUGGAGACUUCUUCAGCGACCCAGCUCGAGCUACCGGAAAAGGACAUGACUACGACCCAGACGACACGAAGAGAUACGAUGAGUUUCUGCACUUUCGUUGUUUCUUCUAUAAGAGAUAUCCGUCAUACCCAAAACUUCACGAAGGCGAGAAGAUCGAACCAGAAGUCAAGGCGGCUUGGGACGUUCAGCAGGCAUGGUAUGGAAAAUUCUCCGAGAAGUACCCUGGUAGGCGCCUCGAUCAGUGGCCUUGUGGUUGUCGGAAGCUAUGUGAGGAGAGUGAGAGUGAGAGUGAGAGCGAGGAGGAAUAG